GUCGGCGCCUAUAUAAACGCCCGUCUCUGCGCAUCGCUCGGCAAGUGCACUGCCCUGGAACCGAAGGCGUCUUCAGCUAUCGUGGGCUCUCGUCGAAGCCGACAACAUGGUUGGAAAGCCGGCUGUCCUGCUGUUGCUUGUGCUGUUCCGUGGGGGAGAUGCACAGGAGAUGCGCGUCGAGUCUGGACAGGCGCCGCCUGAGUGCCGCGACACGCACGGCCAUUUGCCCGGCGGCGCACUCAGCUACGGCUACACCAAGGCAUUGCUGGGUCGCCUGGAGGCUUGCAUACUCUUCAACAGACGGUUCAUGGCUGAGAAUCUGCCCAUUGAACUGUCGGCCCUGACGGUACCGCCCAAGAUCCAGGUGCCACCUUCCAGUGAACUAAAGCGGCUGACUGAGGAGCAGGCGUUCCUGCGCAUCUACCAACUGCUAGUGGCGUACACCACGUUUGCCCAGCACAUGGCCAACACAAGCCACGGUGUGGCGAGCUGCAGCGGCCACGCCAUUGCGGCAAACAGCAAGCGCAGCGCCGCGGGUGCCGCAACGGCCCUCCAGGUGGCUACCAACAGCCAACGAAACGCCGACCAACUACAGGAGCUCCGCUGCGACGUGCGACUGUCGAGCGCUGCGCACGGCAGCCAGGCACAGUUCGCCGCGGCCGAUGCAAGUGCGGUGGGUCUCAUCCUAGACACGUACGUGGACUGCUCCAAACGCCUGCUGGCCCACUACAGCGUGGCGGUGGGUGUGCAGCAGCUGCUGCACUCAAUGCGUGGGUACCUGCUGCACUUGGUACGCCUCAAGAGCCCUUAUCCGGGCGCCGACAACGCCGAGGCACCAGAGGUCUUCGAGCAAGCCUCGUACUGAGCACCACUUCGUUUAUUCCCCUCGCAAGCAUGGUGACCGGCCAAAGCAGUGACAACCCCAGUCUAGUCAACAGUCGCCGAAAGAAAA